AUGGAACUUUUACUCCCACACCCUUCAAACUCAUCUCCUCUCACUGUUCUUGGCUUCUUGGAACGAGCCGCCUCCAUAUACGGCGACUCACCCUCCCUCCUCCACACAAACACCGUCCGAACUUGGUCUGAAACUCAUUCUCGAUGUCUCCGCAUCGCUUCGACUCUCUCUUCAUCCUCCCUUGGAAUCAACCGUGGCCAAGUUGUCUCUGUUAUUGGUCCAAGCGUCCCUUCCGUCUACGAGCUUCAGUUCGCGGUUCCUAUGGCUGGUGCAGUCCUCAACAACAUCAACCCGCGUUUAGACGCUCACGCACUUUCCGUUCUUCUGCGUCACAGUGAAUCCAAGCUCGUUUUCGUUGACCAUCACUCAAGUUCUUUAGCUCUUGAAGCUGUCUCGUUCUUGCCCAAGAAUGAGAAACCUCGUCUCGUCCUCCUUCGCGACGAUGAUGUAUCAUCGUCUUCGUCAGCUGAUGUUGAUUUCCUCGAUACAUACGAAGGGGUAAUGGAGAGAGGAGACCCGAGGUUCAACUGGGUCCGUCCUGAAAACGAGUGGAUCCCAAUGGUUCUUAACUAUACCUCUGGAACAACGACGUCUCCUAAGGGAGUUGUGCUUAGCCAUAGAGCGGUUUUCAUGAGCACUGUUAACUCUAUGCUCCAGUGGUCUUUGCCUAACCGCCCGGUCUAUCUAUGGACACUACCGAUGUUCCAUGCCAACGGCUGGGGCUACACAUGGGCCACAGCCGCUGUGGGGGCCGUAAACAUCUGUGUUCGAAGAGUCGAUGCACCGACUAUUUUUGACUUGAUCGACAAGCAUCAAGUGACACACAUGUGCGCUGCGCCGACGGUUCUCAACAUUUUGACCAAUUACCCGGCCCGGAAACAGCUCAAGAAUCCAGUCCAGGUUAUGACCGCUGGAGCUCCACCACCGGCUACAGUCAUCUCCGAGGCUGAGACACUCGGUUUUGACGUGGGUCACGGUUACGGGAUGACAGAAACCGGGGGUCUGGUUGUCUCGUGCACAUGGAAGCCUGAGUGGGAUCGUCUGGAACCAAACGAGCGAGCAAAAAUGAAAUCAAGGCAAGGAAUUAGAACAGCGUUAUUCGCGGAAGCAGACGUUAUAGACCCGAUAACCGGGAAGAGCGUGAAGCACGACGGAGUAACUGUGGGAGAAAUCGUCUUCAGAGGCAGUAUGGUCAUGCUGGGUUACUACAAAGACCCAAAAGGCACUGCGGCAAGCAUGAGAGAAGACGGAUGGUUCUACACCGGAGACAUGGGUGUAAUACACCCAGACGGUUAUAUGGAAGUUAAAGACAGGUCAAAGGACGUGAUCAUAUGCGGAGGAGAGAACAUCAAUAGCACAGAAGUCGAGACAGUUCUGUACACAAACCCGGCGGUCAAGGAAGCAGCUGUGGUGGCUAAGCCAGACAAGAUGUGGGGAGAGACUCCAUGUGCGUUUGUGAGCUUGAAGGAUCAUAAAGGGCCUGUGACUGAGAGAGAGAUAAGGGAGUUUUGCAAGACAAAGCUGCCAAAGUAUAUGGUUCCAAGGAAUGUAGUUUUCCAAGAGGAGCUUCCAAAGACUUCUACUGGAAAGAUUCAGAAGUUUCUUCUCAGACAAAUGACUAAGUCCUUGCCUUGA